AUGAGUACCCUUCUUUACCCACGUAUUCAACCUAUUGUUUUGGAAGAUAACGGAGAAGUUUCAUUUAGAGGUGAUGCCAUCAAGUCAACCGAAAGUAGUGGAAGUAUUCAGGGAGAGAAGGAAGGCAUAACAGUAACAUGGGAAGAUUUGUGGGUCACUGUUUCAAAUGGAAAGAAAAGGAAACCAAUUCUUCAGGGUCUUACUGGUCAAGCCCAACCCGGAAGGCUUCUAGCUAUAAUGGGCCCUUCAGGUUGUGGAAAAUCCACAUUUCUUGAUGCUUUAGCAGGAAGAUUGAGCUCAAACUUAAAACGUACAGGGAAUAUUCUAAUCAAUGGCCACAAACAAGCACUGGCUUAUGGAACAUCAGGUUAUGUAACACAAGAUGAUGCUAUGCUGUCAAAUUUAACGGCUGGGGAAACUUUGUACUACUCAGCUCAGCUCCAAUUUCCAGAUUCCAUGUCCAUAGCAGAGAAGAAGGAACGAGCAGAAAUGACACUGAGAGAAAUGGGUCUGCAAGAUGCCAUUAACACAAAGGUUGGAGGGUGGGGUGCUAAAGGCCUCAGUGGAGGACAAAAGAGGAGACUUAGCAUUUGCAUUGAGAUCCUAACACGCCCGAGACUUCUAUUCCUUGAUGAACCAACAAGUGGACUUGAUAGUGCAGCUUCAUAUUAUGUUAUGAGAAGAAUUGCAAGUCUAAAUCUAAGGGAUGGAAUUCUAAGGACUAUUGUUACAUCCAUCCAUCAGCCUAGUAGUGAAGUUUUUGAACUUUUCCAUGACCUCUGUCUUCUGUCUUCUGGUGAAACUGUAUAUUUUGGUCCAGCCUCAGAUGCAAAUCAGUUUUUUGCUUUAAAUGGUUUUCCUUGCCCAACACACCACAAUCCUUCUGAUCAUUACUUGAGGAUCAUAAACAAAGAUUUCGAACAGGACGCUGAAGAAGGCUUUGGCAAGGGAGCAACUACAGAAGAAGCAAUCAGUAUACUUGUAAAAUCUUAUGGAUCAUCUCAAAUUAGAAACAAAGUUAAAAUGGAAGUGGUAAAAAUCAGUGAAAGUGAUUCUGGUGCAAUAGGGAAGAAGGGGAUACACGCUGCAUUCCUCACUCAAUGCCUUGUUCUUAUAAGAAGAUCUUCCCUUCAAUUGUUUCGCGACAUAAGCAAUUACUGGUUACGUUUAUCUGUCUUUAUUGUAAUAGCUAUAAGCAUUGGCUCUAUCUUCUAUCACAUUGGCUCAAGUAAUGAAUCUAUUCAGGGGAGAGGUUCGCUGCUCACUUUUUUUAUUUCAGUUCUGAGUUUCAUGAACCUUAUUGGUGGAUUCUCUCCACUUCUGGAGGAAAUGAAGGUAUUUGAACGAGAGAGAUUGAAUGGGCACUAUGGCAUUACAGCUUUUCUCAUAGGCAACAUACUCUCUGUUGUUCCUUACAUGCUAAUGAUUUCUCUAAUUCCUGGAGGAAUAGCUUACUACCUUUGUGGGUUGCACAAAGGACUAGAAAACUUUAUGUACUUCACUUCUUUGCUAUUCGCCAUCAUGAUGUGGGUUGAGAGCCUUAUGUUGGUUGUUGGUAGUGUCUCUCCCAAUUAUGUAAUAGGCAUGUUCAUUGCUGGUGGAAUUGCAGGACUCAUGAUCUUAACAGGUGGAUUCUAUCGACUGCCAAACGAUAUUCCAAAACCAUUAUGGAAAUACCCUUUAUACUAUGUUUCUUUCCUCAAGUAUGCCUUUCAAGGAUCAUUCAAGAAUGAAUUUGAAGGUUUAACAUUUUCUAUAGAACAAGAUGGAGGCACCAAAACCAUCAGUGGUAGACAAGUACUCAUUGAGUCAUGGCACGUCGAAAUGGGUCACUCUAAGUGGGUUGAUCUUGCCAUCAUGUUUGCAAUGAUUGUUCUGUAUCGAGUUCUGUUCUUGGCCAUCACUAAGAGCAAGGAGAAGCUGAAGCCAUCAGUGCCUAAGAAUACUGCUUUCCUAGCUCUUGGGGAAAAUUUUGGAGAGAAGGAGGGCAUAACAGUGACAUGGGAUGAUUUAUGUGUCACUGUUUCAAAUGGAAAGAAAAGGAAAACAAUGCUUCAGGGUCUUACUGGUUAUGCCUUGCCAGGAAGGCUUCUGGCUAUAAUGGGUCCUUCAGGCAGUGGAAAAUCCACUUUUCUUGAUGCUUUAGCAGGAAGAUUGAGCUCAAACAUAAAACGUACAGGGAAUAUUCUAAUCAAUGGCCACAAACAAGUACUGGCUUAUGGAACAUCAGGCUAUGUAACACAAGAUGCUGCUAUGCUGUCAAAUUUAACGGCUGGGGAAACUUUGUACUACUCAGCUCAGCUCCAAUUUCCAGAUUCCAUGUCCAUAGCAGAGAAGAAGGAACGUGCAGAAAUGACACUGAGAGAAAUGGGUCUGCAAGAUGCCAUUAACACCAAGGUUGGAGGGUGGGGUGAUAAAGGCCUCAGUGGAGGACAGAAGAGAAGACUUAGCAUUUGCAUUGAGAUCCUAACACGCCCGAGACUUCUAUUCCUUGAUGAACCAACAAGUGGACUUGAUAGUGCAGCUUCAUAUUAUGUUAUGAGAAGAAUUGCAAGUCUAAAUCUAAGGGAUGGCAUUCUAAGGACUAUUGUUACAUCCAUCCAUCAGCCUAGUAGUGAAGUUUUUGAACUUUUCCAUGACCUCUGUCUUCUUUCUUCUGGUGAAACUGUAUAUUUUGGUCCAGCCCCUGAUGCAAAUCAGUUUUUUUCUUCAAAAGGUUUUCCUUGCCCGACACACCACAAUCCCUCUGAUCAUUACUUGACGAUCAUAAACAAAGAUUUCGAACAGGACGCUACAGAAGGCUUUGCAACUACGGAAGAAGCAAUCGGUAUCCUUGUAAAUUCUUAUGGAUCGUCUCAAAUUGGAAACAAAGUUAAAAAGGAAGUGGCAAAAAUAAGUGAAAGUGAUUCUGGCGCAAUAGGGAAGAAGGGGAUCCACGCUGCAUUCCUCACUCAAUGCCUUGUUCUUAUAAGAAGAUCUUCCCUUCAAUUGUUUCGCGACAUAAGCAAUUACUGGUUACGUUUAUCUGUCUUUAUUGUAAUAGCUAUAAGCAUUGGCUCUAUCUUCUAUCACAUUGGCUCAAGUAAUGAAUCUAUUCAGGGGAGAGGUUCGCUGCUCACUUUUUUUAUUUCAGUUCUGACUUUCAUGAACCUUGUUGGUGGAUUCUCUCCACUGUUGGAGGAAAUGAAGGUAUUUGAACGAGAGAGAUUGAAUGGGCACUAUGGCAUUACAGUUUUUCUCAUAGGCAACAUACUCUCUGUUGUUCCUUACAUGCUAAUGAUUUCUCUAAUUCCUGGAGGAAUAGCUUACUACCUUUGUGGGUUGCACAAAGGACUAGAAAACUUUAUGUACUUCACUUCUUUGCUAUUCGCCAUCAUGAUGUGGGUUGAGAGCCUUAUGUUGGUUGUUGGUAGUGUCUCUCCCAAUUAUGUAAUAGGCAUGUUCAUUGCUGGUGGAAUUGCAGGACUCAUGAUCUUAACAGGUGGAUUCUAUCGACUGCCAAACGAUAUUCCAAAACCAUUAUGGAAAUACCCUUUAUACUAUGUUUCUUUCCUCAAGUAUGCCUUUCAAGGAUCAUUCAAGAAUGAAUUUGAAGGUUUAACAUUUUCUAUAGAACAGGAUGGAGGAACCAAAACCAUCAGCGGUAGACAAGUACUCAUUGAGGCAUGGCACGUGGAAAUGGGUCACUCUAAGUGGGUUGAUCUUGCCAUCAUGUUUGCAAUGAUUGUUCUGUAUCGAGUUCUGUUCUUGGCCAUCACUAAGAGCAAGGAGAAGCUGAAGCCAUCAGUGGUCCCCAAGCAUAAAUUUUCUCUUGAAUUACCAGAAAGAGUGAUCAUUAUAUAG